AACCGCCUCGAGACAAAUCGUGCACCCGCUGACACAGGAUCACCACCACUUUCUGCGGGGCCCUCGAUUCCCUGUUGCAGAAGCUUGUCAGGCACCCAUACACAAGGGCCAAGCUGUUGGCAGCAAAAGGAGGAGGGAGCGACCACCAACCACAGACCUGACCUGGAUCCCUUCCACCCCACUGCCAACCUCCCUCGAGACAUCGCCGCUCAACAAAGCUUCGUGCAUGUCUCCUCCCUUCAACCCAGACGCCCCCAGCACCAGCUGCAGCUCCAGCAACCCACUUCCCCAGAAACAUGAGUCGUAUGCUGCCUCUGGUGAGGUGAAGAGCUCAAUGGGGCCAAAUCCCCCGGCUUCGUCACAUAAUGACAACAUGGCCCAGCCCGGCUCUACUACAGCACCCCCGAACCCCUCGGAGGACUUGAUCUCCCUUGACGAGGGCUCACAGUUCCCCGCCACUGUCACAGGAGCCCCAGCAGGUGCCGUUCCGCAACAAGAUGGACAAGAUGGACAGCCCGAGGGAAACAAGUCGGAAGACUGGCCACCACCAGAGGUGCCCCCAAAGACAGAUGAGGGGUUGAACUCCUCGGUCGCGACCCUGAGGCCUGCCACAACUCCUACAACCACAAUCGCCACUUCAUACCUAAACGUCGAAACAAAGCCAUACAUCGACCCUACGCCGUCUACACCAACCGAAUCCCAGCCCCCCUCGAGGACCCCGUCCAACGCCGACCGACCUCGCCUGUCUCUUGACUCCUCCCGAGGAGGGCGCUCCGAUGACGAGAAGCAGCGCACAAGCGAAGAUGACCGCGAGAACGAUGCUUCCGAGAUCCAAACCAUCAUGGCCCAGUUUCGAGAGGGCGGUCCAGGCGAACAGGAGGUUAUGAGUCCGCGACUGGAGAUCGCAUCCCCUUUCUCGACCGGGCCCGUUCAACACCCUCCUCGGCACUCUAGUCUGGAGCCGCUGAGCACGAACAUUGCCCAACAGUUGCAGGACAUGCAAGGACUACGACUCAACUCCACUUCGCCAGCCAGCAUGGCGUCGAAAGGGAAGGAUCCGGAAGACCAAGGGCCCCCCGUCCCUCCAAAAGACGCCUCCAUCCGGUCUGGCAGGACCGGCCAGCUCGUGGACGAAAGGGACAGCAUCGGGUCGCCCAUGUCCCCAACAGUGUCAUUACACCGACCGCCUCCACCAGAGCCCGAGCCUGAGUCGGCGCUUCCUUUUGACUUCCACCGGUUUCUUGAACAGCUGCGGAACAAAAAGGCAGACCCGGUUGCCAAGUACCUGCGAUCAUUUCUAAAUGAGUUUGGAAAGCGGCAGUGGAUGGUGCAUGAGCAGGUCAAGAUUAUCAGUGAUUUCUUGGCUUUCAUUGCGAACAAAAUGGCCUUGUGUGAAGUGUGGAGGGAUGUAUCCGAUGCUGAAUUUGAUAAUGCCCGGGAAGGCAUGGAGAAACUCGUCAUGAACCGACUAUACGCUCAGACUUUCUCACCAGCCAUACCCCCACCACAGCCGAUUCCUGGCGCCAAGCCACGGCGGAAGGGCGCGGAGCGACCGUUAGGACCUGGGCGGCGUGGCCAGCAUCAAGAAGACGUCGAGCGCGACGAAGUGGUUGCCCAGAAGAUCAAGAUCUAUGGCUGGGUGCGUGAAGAACAUCUAGAUAUACCACCAGUCGGUGAAAGUGGGAAACGAUUCCUCAAGCUCGCACAACAAGAACUACUGAAAAUCAAGUCCUACCGAGCUCCGAGGGAUAAAAUCAUUUGCAUUCUUAAUUGCUGCAAGGUCAUCUUCGGACUCCUCAAGCACUCCAAAUCCGACUCGUCCGCGGACUCAUUCAUGCCGCUCCUCAUAUACGUCACGCUCCAGGCAAACCCGGAACAUAUCGUGUCAAAUGUCCAGUACAUCCUCAGAUUCCGAAAUCAAGAGAAGUUGGGAGGGGAGGCUGGCUACUACCUCUCAUCACUGAUGGGUGCUGUCCAAUUCAUUGAGAACAUGGAUCGCACAACGCUCACAAUUUCAGACGAGGAGUUUGAGAAGAACGUCGAGGCUGCAGUCUCUGCCAUUGCCGAGAAGCAUCGACUAGAGUCACCCCCUACAUCGGCCACCGCAGAGAGGCCACCGCCAUCCAUUAUUGGUAUGGGUGAAUCUUUGUCAACCCGGCCAUCCAUGGACAAUGAUGCCACAGCCCGCUCGUCGUAUACACCUCGCCAGUCAACUUCCAAUGAUGACAACGGUGAAUACGAUGAGAAGGCCGCCAUUACUGGGCUGCUGCGAACAAUUCAAAGGCCGCUGUCCACAAUUGGCAGAAUGUUCUCCGACAAUGAUGAGCCAAUGGCCGGUUCGUCAAGCGCAUCGGGACGCAGUCCCGCACAUACUCCCUUGCCAGAUGCGAGGCCGAACCCACUUCAGAGAGUUUCGAGCCACCAGAGCCGCUAUACUGCGGAAGAAGCCGCGGCAAGGCAGGCCAGCGCCGAGGCAGCAGAGGCGCACAGGCUGCACAGGGCAGAACAUGCCAAUGUAGUAGAAACGCUGGCUGGAAUGUUUCCCGACCUCGAUAGGGAUAUCAUCAGUGACGUGGUUUACCAGAAAGAAGGACGUGUCGGUCUGGCUGUGGAUGCCUGUCUUGCAUUGUCCACAUGAGCGUCUGGGGCCCACGUGAGUGUGGGAAAUUGGAAUUGGUUCAAAGAGAUGAAGAGGGCGGGGAUGAUACCAGCAAGCAUUAGCGAUAUUUGAAGACAGACUGGCCUAAACACCGUAGAUGUUGUGGGUGGUCCAAAGACGGCGGCGGGCGGAGGUCCUGUCUGUCAUAAUCAUGCAUUACCAAAUUAAAACGUCCCAGGGAACCUAUGUCCUUGAUUUACCUUGCCCUGCCUAGAGCGUGCGAGCCUCACAAUACUCCUCUUU